CAUAAGGCAUUCGAUUGGAGAGAAACAACCGCUUGGCGCGUCGGAGUGCCAGCCAAGAUCAUGCCUACGCCGCCCUUGCAUGGUGGCUCCUCUCCUAUGCCAAGGCCGCAGACGACCCACGCAGUCAACGGCCACGCUGGCACUCCGCAGAAAGCUGCGCCAUGCAUAGGCCCUGUCAUGAACGGUUCCUUGUCCGUGCCCAUCAUGGUCGGCAGCAGCCGAGCACCUGUGGCAGGUCUGGGCGGGUCAAUGACGCUGCCGCUAGGCGUCGGCGUCCGCCCUGGGGCUUCCACCACGUCGCCGCCCGGUAUGACCCGGGAAGUGCCACGAGGCUCCUUGCCGCCCAGCGCCGCUCCCUUGUGGGCAGCGCCGGCCGCAGGCAUACGCCAGAUCAGCCCGCCAGGCGUGCGGCAAAUUAGCCCGCCACCAGGUGCUGUCUACGCUAUGCCAGCAGCAGGCUAUCCCUUUGCGGCGCCUAUGGUAUGGCGAGACCCGAAAGCGGCUAGGCCGACCACGGAGUCUCCGGUGCUGGCGCACAUCAGAGGUCUCGGUGCGCAGAACUCGACGCCGGAGUUCCAACAGCUGCUGAACUUGGUGGUGUCUCAAGAGCAUGCGAAGCAGGAGCUGCAGCAGCGCCUCAGCGCCGCGGAGUCCGAGCUGCAGAAGCAGCGCGCGGAGAACCUGGAGCUCCAGCGCGCCGUGCGCGAGGCGCGCUUGGUCACAGCGUCCUGGGGAGGCCCGGGCUCUGUGACCUCCAAGGUGACCAUGCGCUCCGUGCCAGAGGGCUGUGACAGUCCGCUGUCCAGGACACGGUCCGGGUCCUUAAGGCUGCGCCGCAGCAACUCCUCGAGAGCUCGCUUCACAGACUCCAAGGUUUUGCCCUUCACCUUGCCCGAGGAGAGCCUCCAGGAGAAGUACGCCGUAGACUGGCAGACCUGCCUGCACGUGGGCAACAUGAAUGGCUUGCAGUCGGGGGAGGCGAUGACUCUGAGCCGCUUCUUCAAAGCGAAGCUGAAGAGCAACUCCGCCCAGCGCGUCAUCAAGGCCGUGCGGAAGUCCGAGGUGCCUUUCUUCAGACUCUUGGAGCAGCACAUCGGCGACCAGCGAGCCUUCGACCACCCGCACGUGUGUCGUUUGCACGACGCCUUUGAGGAUCAUCUUCAUGUGUUCCAGAUCUAUGAGUUCCUCUCCGGCCCCUCCCUGCUGGAGAAGAUCCUCUCGGACCCCCAGUUCUGUGAGCGCGACGCCGCGGCAGCCAUCAAGGCGAUCAUGAUGGCGGUGGCCUACCUCCACGGCCUCUCCAUUGCGCAUCAGAAUGUGCACCUGGAGAACAUGCGCUUCGCGACCCAGCCCCGGAAAAAGGAGUCUGGGUCCUGCUACUGCGACCAGCUGAAGCUGAUGGAUGUGGGGCUGAGCCUGAACCGGAAGCUCAUCCCCAGCAUCCUGAACGCCGCCUCGCUGCCCAGCGAAAGCGACAAGAACCCCAGCCUGCCGCUGCUGGCGCCGCUGGGCUUCCAGAACUCCCUAGGCUCCAUUUGCUUGCCGCCCGAAAGCCAAGGGGUGUGCAGCUCAUACGCGCAGCUGGCCACCGCGGCGCCCUGCAUGCUCCGCAGCUCCAAGAGCGUGGAGACUCUCAACAGGUCGCCCUCGCUGCAACGGGGCAACUCCCAGGACCUAAGCCAAGUCUCCAUCAGCUCCUUGGGCCAAGACUCCUCCGCGCGACGCGCGCAGGAGCUGCUGCUGCUGCUGCAAGCCGGCGAUGUGUGGUCGCUGGGCUGCGUGUUGCAUGUGCUGCUCAGCGGGCAGAUCCCCUGCAUGGAGGAUGCAGGUGAGAAGUCGGAGGCCACGCUGCCGCUGCUGAGCGCCUCGGCAGAGGCCAGGGACCUCUGCUGCCGGCUGCUGCACCCCAUGCCCCGGAAGCGCGCUGCCGCGGAAGCCGCUCUGGAUUCCGCCUGGUUCGCCCAGUGCGAGAACAUCCAGCGGGCCCACAGGUCGCAGAAGAAGAAUCUGUCGCUCGCAGCCCCCAGGCCCGCAGAGUUCUGGGAGAAGCUCCGGCAGACGUCGGCAAUUACAUGCCUACGGCGACUGUUUCACUCAGUGCGGGCGGUGCGGGGCACAAAGUCUUUGGCGAUCCCGGGAUCUGAGGAGGACAACUUGGACCUGGAGAGCAACGCUCGAGCUGCCGCUGAUGCCAUGUGCGCCGAGGCCUUCGAGUGGCUGCUCUUCUCCUCGGGGGCCGCUGCGGCUUCUGGCAUCCCCCUGCGGAAGCUGAACGCCAUGAUCCAGAGCGUGGUGCAAAGCGAGAAGAGGGUCUCGAGACAGGAGGAGAUUCUGAAGGUGGACACCUUGAUUUCAAGCACUCAGUUUGCUGACAUGAUUUGGGCCACCUGUGCCUGACUUUAUGCCGCGGCAAGCUUGCCGUGGAAGCCCC